AUGUCUUUCCUUUUGAAUCGAUUUCCAAUUGAAAUUUUUCAUAUGAUUUUCGAUUAUUUUUGGUGUCAUGAAAUUCUUCAUUCAUUUUUUGAUACAAGUAAUUACUUGAAUGAUAUUCUAUCAAACUAUGAUAGAUAUAGAAUUAAUGGCCAAUCAAUUGCUAAAUCUGAUUUUGAUUUCAUAUGUCAUUUUAUUCUACCAAAUCAAAUAAUUUCAUUAAUAUUGUCCGAUGAAAAAGAAACACCAUAUCAAUCUGAAUUAUUUUUCUCAGAUUUUCAAAUUGGUUAUUAUACUCGUUUACGAGCAUUAAAAUUAAUUGGCUUAAACGAUGAUGGCGAAGAAAUAUUUAUGAAUUUACAUCAUGUUCAAAGUCUUGUUUCUCUUGAAAUUAACAUUCGAAUUGAUCUUCCAUUUAUCAAACAAUUACCACCAUUAAAAAAAUUAAUUAUUAAUAUACCAUCAAAUAUACAAUUUGAUAUUCUGCCAUCAAUUAUUACAGUAUCAUUCAAAUAUUUACAAGAUUUUUCUUUAUCUUAUUGUACUCUUACGGCAUUACAACACUUCUUUAGUCAAAUGCCUCAGCUUAAAUCAUUUAAAACAUCUUUAUUAUUUUUCAAUUCUGAAGAACUCAAUGUAUUAUCUCAUAUUCAUCAAGUACAACCAACACCAAUUAAUCUCAUUUCGUUUUCAUUGUCAAUAAAGGCACCUUUCGAAAAUCGAUUACUUAAUGCUAAUCGAUGGGAAAAAUUUAUUAUUGAACAUUUACCAAAAUUAAUAAAUUUUGAUUUUAAAUUUUUUUCUGGAAAUAUCAAUGAUAAAGUACUCAAUCGAUAUCGUUCUUCAUUUUGGCUAAAUAAACAUUGGUAUGUUGCAAUUAAUUUAAAUCUUUCAUUACUUUUUACAGUACCUUAUUUUGCUCCAACUUCAAUGAAUGAUUCAUGUGAACCAAUAUCAUCAAAUUGUACAACAUUACCUAUUGCGCAACAUAAUAUUUUUUAUGAUCGUAUUAUUGCAUUAACAUAUAAAUUAGAUGAAUGGAAUUUACCUUAUCGUUAUAUUAAUGUUAAAGAACUUACAUUCAAUGAUCCUUAUAUGCAUGAAAAUAUUUAUAAUUCAUCAAAAGUAGAAUCAUUUAUUGUAAAUACAUCGGAUUGGUUACUUGAUAAAAUUAUUCUAUUAAUUAAAGAAGAGAUGCCUUCAGUUAAUUAUCUUCGUUUAAAUUGUACUCAACCUAAUGUAAAAUAUAAAUAUUUUUCUGGUAUUUCAUUAUCACAAAUUCGAACAUUAUCUUUACCUCAAUAUGGACGAUAUAAAGAAAAAACUAAUUUUUAUUGGUGGAAACUUUUUCCAUGUGUUGAAAGAUUAAUUGUUUCGAUUAAUUCAAAAAAACAAAUUCCAUUAUUAAUUGAUCAUUUCAAGAAGAUGAUUAGUGGUUUUUUUGUUAUUCAUAAUGAUUACAUUGAUAUGUAUGAUCGAAUUAAAAUAACAAGUCAAUGGUUGAAGAAAAAUACAUCUCGAUUAAAAAGAAAAAAUGAACAUGAAUUUGUAUGUCAAAUUAAUGAUCAAUUUGCUUUUUCAUUAGCUUUAUGGAUUAGUGAAGAUUUUGAAAUAAAUGAAUGA